AUGUUGAAACAAGAGAGUAACUGGGCACAAACCUGUGAUACAUGCCGCUCAGCCGCCUGCACAGUGUACUGCCGCGCUGAUUCUGCCUACUUGUGCACCAGCUGUGAUGCUCAAGUUCAUGCUGCCAAUCGUGUUGCUUCCCGCCAUGAACGUGUUCGGGUGUGCGAAUCAUGUGAGCGAGCCCCUGCUGCCUUUUUCUGCAAGGCAGAUGCUGCAUCUCUAUGCACAGCCUGUGAUUCAGAGAUUCAUUCCGCAAACCCGCUUGCUAGACGCCAUCAACGAGUGCCAAUUCUGCCAAUCUCUGGAAACUCUUACAGUUCCAUGGGGAAUAAGCAUUCAAGUGAGACAACAACAGUGACGACAGAUCCAGAGAACAGACUGGUGGUGGGUCAAGAAGAGGACGAAGAUGAAGCAGAGGCGGCUUCUUGGUUGUUGCCUAAUUCAGGGAAAAACAGUGGUAACAACAACAAUAGUCAGAACAAUGGGUUCUCGAUUGGUGACGAGUAUCUAGACCUUGUCGAUUACAGUUCGAGUAUGGAUAAGCAAUUCACAGAUCAAUCCAAUCAGUAUCACCAAGACUACAACGUACCUCAGAGGAGCUAUGGGGGAGAUGGAGUUGUUCCACUUCAAGUUGAAGAAUUAAAGGGUCACAUGCACCAUGAGCAACAUGACUUUCAAUUCGGUUUCACCCAUGGCUCCUCAGGAGAUCAUCGAAGCUCCAAUGGUUCCCCAAGUCAUAUGGUAAGCCAUAUCGGAGUUGUGCCAGAGUCAACAAUGAGUGACAUAACAAUAUCACACCCAAGAUCGCCCAAAGCAGUAGUAGACCAACUACCUGAACCUCCAACUCAGAUGCUUAGUCCAAUGGACAGAGAAGCUAGAGUCCUGAGAUACAGAGAGAAGAAGAAGAUGAGGAAAUUUGAGAAGACAAUAAGAUAUGCUUCAAGGAAGGCGUAUGCAGAGACAAGACCACGGAUCAAGGGCCGGUUUGCAAAGAGGAAAGAAGUCGAUGCAGAGGCAGACCAAGCUUUCUCCACAAUGAUAAUGUUCGACACAGGAUAUGGAAUUGUUCCUUCAUUCUGA